CACACAAAGGAGGGCUUUGAGGGGCCUCCAGCCAGGCCCAAGCUGAUCCCCUCUCCCCCCCGGUGCGUCACUUGCCCCAAUCUGGGCCUCCCUGUGGGCCCGAUUUAACAGGAAACUGUGGGCCGUGAGAGGUUCCUUGUGACACACUAAUCCCAGCCUGCUGACUGGACCACGCCCCCAGUGGAGGCAACCUCCAGGGUCCUGGAGGACACGGGCAGCAGGUACCCCAAGGAGAAGCUGCUGACUUGACAGGUAAGUCAGCUGCCUGGAGAGGCCAGGACAAAAGAAGCGAGGUUCUUUUUCUCAGUACUCCGAGUCUUCCAGAGACAGCAUGUCAGAGGGGGCGGGCACAUUCCGCUUGGUCCCUGAAGAGGAACAGGAACUCCGUUCCCAACUGGAGCGGCUUACAACCAAAGACCAUGGGCCUGUCUUUGGCCAAUGCAGCCAGCUGCCCCGCCACACCUUGCAGAAGGCCAAGGACGAGCUGAAUGAGACGGAGGACACUCGGGAGGAGGUGGUGCGGGAGCUGCAGGAACUAGUGCAGACAGAGGCAGCCUCUGGGCAGGAGCUGGCAGUGGCUGUGGCCGAGAGGGUGCAGGGAAAGGACAGUGCUUUCUUCCUGCGCUUCAUCCGCGCACGCAAGUUCGACGUGGGGCGAGCCUACGAGCUGCUCAGAGGCUACGUGAACUUCCGGCUGCAGUACCCAGAGCUCUUCGACAGCCUGUCCCUGGAGGCCAUCCGCUGCACUGUGGAGGCUGGCUACCCUGGUGUCCUCUCCAGUCGGGACAAGUAUGGCCGAGUGGUCCUUCUCUUCAAUAUUGAGAACUGGGACUCUGAAGAAAUCACCUUUGAUGAGAUCUUGCAGGCAUAUUGUUUCAUCCUGGAGAAGCUACUGGAGAAUGAGGAAACUCAAAUCAAUGGCUUCUGCAUCAUCGAGAACUUCAAGGGCUUUACCAUGCAGCAGGCUGCUGGGCUUCGGGCUUCCGAUCUCAGGAAGAUGGUGGACAUGCUCCAGGAUUCCUUCCCAGCCCGGUUCAAAGCCAUUCACUUCAUCUACCAGCCGUGGUACUUCACCACAACCUACAACGUAGUCAAGCCCUUCUUGAAGAGCAAAUUGCUCCAGCGGGUCUUUGUCCAUGGAGAAGACCUCUCCGACUUCUUCCAGGAGUUCGAUGAGGACAUCCUGCCCUCCGACUUUGGGGGCACACAGCCCAAGUACGACGGCAAGGCUGUUGCCGAGAAACUCUUUGGUCCCCGGGCCCAAGCCGAGAACACAGCCUUCUGAGAACAUCUCCUGCCAUCCAACCUGUAGUUAGUAUCCCCGGGCUUCUCCUUAGCUGUCCUGGACCCAUAAGGCUGGGGAAAAGGCUGCUCAGGGGGACUGUGGUUCCCCUGAACCUCACUAAGCUUGGGUGAGCUCAGGUGUCACCCUCCUCCCAAGUUGGGGAGCAAUAAAGCAGGGGAAUUCCCUUGAGCAAGAAUUGAGGAGAGUUCUAUUCCUAUCGCCUCUGAAGCUUUAGGACAGACAUGUGUAGGGUUGGGUUUCAAAGACUCUAAUCAAGCUUCUCAAUGAUUUCCUUUGUAACAGAGUUUUGUUAUUUAGGGUCUAUGAAAAUAGGCAAGGAGACUGGCUUAAAAGUCUCUCCCCC